AUGUUACUGAAGUCUGAGUUACAUUUUGCACCAAGAAGGUCAUUCCAUGAUGCAUGGGCAUUCAUUCUACUUCUGCUCUUUAGUGGAACAUUCACUGGAAUUGGAAUAGCACGAAUCUACUCCAUAUCACUUGACAAAUCCAAAACAAACGGACUGGUUAACGAACUGAUUAAGGGACUUGGGUUCAACCUGGCAAUAUCAAUGGUGUUGAAUAUGAUGAUGUUCUGCCUCUAUUCGGUAGCACCAAAGUUGGUCAUAUACACCAGUCUGUUUCUCAUGCCACUCUGCUGUCUGAUACUGGGAUUUGUGGUUGACCAACGUGGGAUGAUUGCUACUGCUGGUCUCUCUCUUUUCUUAUCAGUCUUAGUCUGGCUGUACAUCAGAGGACACAUUGAUAUCAUUGCACAACUCUUCAGUACAACAUCCAGCAUGCUGAAUAGUCACAUAUUCGCAUUAUUAUUCAACUUCUUGCUACUGAUUGUCCUGAAUGGUACAAUAGGAGUCUGUAUGGCAUUCAGCUUCGGAGAGAAAGAAGACAUCGGAAAUGCGAUUGGAACAGCCCUCAUCUUCUCAAUCUUCUGGAUCAAUUCAUUCUUUAUGUACCUGUUUGACGUAUUCACAGCUGGGAUAAUAACAGGUGAAUUAUUGAAGAAGACAUCAAGUGAGAGGGAUGACAGAGAGGCAUCCGUAGCAGGAAGAGCAUUAGGAAACAUGGCUUAUGCAAUGGGAUCAGUUGCAUUUGGAGCACUUAUCAUAGCAGUCAUCAAGACACUACGGUAUUUGGUUAAUUCAAAAAGACAGAGAAGUGUAAGAAGUGAUGAGCAGCCUGGGGCAUUUGAAAUGGUCAUUCUGUGCAUGGCUGAUUGCACUUUGUCACUGGUUGAGUCGUAUGUUCAUGUAUUGAACAAGUUUACAUUUUCAUAUUUGGCAAUAACAGGGGACUCCUAUAGGAAGGCGAUUAAUGACUCAUUUGAAUUGUUGAGCAAGAAAGAGAAUGUGGCAUUCAAGUCAUUUGUGGCGGCAGAAUAUACCCAGAAUUUCCUGUUUAUGAUUCAAACCAUUCUGAUUGUAGGAUUGAAUAUUGGAUAUGUUGUAUUCAGGAAGAAGAGUGAUCCAGUGGUGAUUGCUGCGAUAUUUGGAGGAGUAUUAUCGAUAUUGCUGACAUUCCAAUUCUGCAAUGUGAUGUCGUCUGGGACACUGGCACUUUCGUAUCUUCAAAUAAUGGCACCACAGAAUGUAAAGAACUAUGACAUCAAUUUGCACAAGGCAUUGGCUACGAUUCAGCAUGGGAAGAAUUAUGACGUAGUAAGUUACGAACAAACGAAUGUGGAAAGUACAGAAAGAGUGGAAUAA